UCCAUCCGACUGCAGAAGCCCGGCGCUCGGAGUCGUGAAGAAGCCUCACUGCACGGCGACUCCCCCGCAACGAUGGACCGCAAUCUAUUUACUGCGUUGAUAUGUUGAUAUAAAAUAUAUUUCAGAUAUCAAAUAUGAAUCAUGUAUUUGAUAUUUCUGGCAAAUUUGCUCGUGAGCAUCCUUUCGCCUUGGCUUCAUCCAUCACUAGCGUCAUUUGUAUCACCCGGUGGCGAGGGGGGGUCUGACGGCGACGCAGCGCUGAGAGCGGCGGCGGAGCAACGGGCGACUGCAGCACCCGACAACAGCAGCGGGCGGCUGGAGCGCGUGAUCACCUACCCAUCCCGCCUCAUCUACUACCUCAACGAGGACUCGGAGAGCACCUACCAUGACCUGGACACGCGGCUCAAGGGCCACGCCUCCAACGGACAGGCCGUGCAUCUGGCCCAGGCCAGCUUCCAACUCGAGGCCUUCGGCUCCAGAUUCGUCCUGGACCUGACGUUAAACAAGUAAGUGA